CCGAUUCUUCUUAAUUUCCGUUCCGAAAAUUCCGUAAUUUUACAACUCAGAAGUGGGAUAGGAAGGCAUUUUACGCAACAAAAUGCCUACAAAAGAUGAGUUAUUAUGCGCCUUGGAAGCUGCUGGUAUCGAAGAGCCCCCCUCGGCAACUAUUCAACAUCUUCGCAACUUGUACCAACAAUGUGAACCGGGGACGAAAAUUGAGGAAAGAUCGUCAAACAGCUCCAGUUCCCAGAACCCACGUAUUGAUGACGCCGUAGUGACGAACAAUAGAAAACACGAGGAGCCAGCCGCCAAUUCGGUGAAAGAGAAAUUCGUUCCUCCCAAAGAUGGCAGCUUGGCUGAAAACGAUUCUCAUCGAUGGGAACUAUUUGCACUACGCGAGAAAAUCAAGGAAAUGGAACAGCGACAAGUGAAAGUGGAUAGUGGCAGAUUGGUACACCCUGACGAGCUUAAACAUCUGAUACCAGAAUUUUCGGAUGGUCUCGGUAUCAACCGAUGGAUUGACACAAUCCGCUAUAAUAGCGAACUAUACGAGUGGCAAGAUCGAACGACACUUUUGUAUGCAGGUAGCCGCUUAACCGGCGCGGCCAAUGAGUGGUAUAAUGGAUUUCGUCAUACGAUUAAAACUUUCGACGAAUUUGCUGUUGAAAUUAAAAAGGCGUUUCCCGAUCGCUGCAAUGACGCUGUGAUUCACAGCCAACUAGCCGCAGCUUACAAGAAGUCAGGCAAUGUGAGUGACGAUGCUAUUAUCACUUAGAGCCAUUAGAGGACUAUCCCGUGAUCCUCUCUACGAUAGUCUCGUCACAAAGGACUACAGCAACAUAUACGAUCUGAUCGACAACAUUAAGCGCGGUGAAACACAUUUAUUGAUGCGCAAAAAUAUAGAACGCCGCAUUCCUUCUGCCCACUACUCAAAUGUUCCGAGAUUAGUGGCCCCGAGACAGGCGCCAACAGAAACACCUCGUUGUUACAACUGCUCAGAUUUUGGACACCAUUCAUUACAAUGUACUAAACCUCGUCGAGCCUUGGGUUCCUGCUUCCGAUGCGGCAGUACAUCUAACGUCAUCCGUAACUGUCCCGACGUAGUUAGACGACAACCAACAGCAGCCGCAGUUCAGAGCAACGAAAAUGAGACACCGAAUGUAGAUGACGCGGAUAAUGGAAACGUUCUGCAGCUCGAUGCCUAUCAGGAGUGCUAAAAGCUUCG